AGCCUCUCCUUCUUAUAAUCCCCAACGGUAUUGGGACGCCAAGAGGACAAGCCGUUUUAUUCGUUUCAUCGAUUUAUUCUGUUGAGCCAAUCUAUUCGAAUACACAUCUCCUGACAGCUUAUCUCAAAUAGCGUUGCAAUUGCAAAUUCUACCACCGGCAUACGUACAUACGAAUGAAUGCUACACUUCGUACAUCCCAGGGGAAUUUAGCCAAGACAUUGCAAAUCCCACCUACUAUCCAGCUAUAUACCAUAUACAUAUACAUACCUAAGGUAAUAAGCCGCAUUUUUUCUUCUAGGAAGGUUUUAGACGAUCUAUAAGAUCCCUAAACCGUCUUGUACACGUAAUUCCUACUUGCGCGUCAAGAGGCGUUGCAGCUAAAUCAAUCAAUAAUGGCGUUCCCGUCCCUGCUUGAUCAGCUCGGUCCAGAGAUAUCAGACCCGGAAGAAGAAACCUUCUUACUAUACUCCCAGGAUAUCCCGUCCCAGAACUUAGGCUUCGUGGAUCCUCAGGCGACCACGUUGGACCUCAGCGUUGCUGGCAAGGACUACGUAAUUCAUCAAUCACCAACCAUCUUAAACCGUCCAGGAAGUACCACGGGCGCUGUUGUGUGGAAAAUCACUCCGCUCAUAGCCGAUUGGUUAGCCGCUUCCGAUAAUCCCCUCUGGGCCUCUGGCAUAUUAUCAUCCUGUUCCGAUGUGCUGGAAUUGGGUUGUGGAAUCUCUGGCCUAGUGGGAUUGGUUCUUGCGCCAUUGGUCGCAAAGUAUACCCUCACAGACCAGUCCUACGUCGCGAGACUAGUAGAGAAGAACAUCAAUGAAAAUAGUCCCCUGAGAAACCCAAAGCAGACUAAGACUACUUCUACUUCUCAAAAGCGAAAAGGCAAGCCGUCGGCUGUCUAUCCCAAGGCUGAACUACGAUUCGUCCCGCUAGACUGGGAGUUGGACGAGGUGACACCGUCCCUUACAGGAAGCGAUAAGGUCAAGAGCUUUGACCUCGUCAUUGCUUGCGAUUGCAUCUAUAACGACACGCUGAUCCAACCGCUGGUGCAAACCUGUGCUGACGUAUGUAGAUUGAGAGCAUCGGACGAGAAUGGCGCCGACAAGACCGCCGUCUGUCUAGUUGCGCAGCAACUUAGAGAUCCGGAGAUAUUUGAGUCGUGGAUAAAGGAGUUCAGCAGGUAUUUCCGGACAUGGCGCAUUCCAGAUAACGCUUUAACUGAGGGAUUACGGUCGAACCCCGGCUUUGUAGUCCACCUGGGUAUCUUGCGAGAUGAGGCAGAGACACGCAAUUGACCGUACUCCGCAGCGUAAUCAUCAGACCACAAUUAAUAUGCCUUUAUGCGUGAGCCCGUCUGAGUUAUUGUGAGGCUGGAAUUGUCUUCUCCGUUGUAGACUUAGCUAUCAUCUAUGAGGUACAUUAACGUACCUAACUUAGAUAACUUAUAAAUCUCGGAGAAUACCUGGUAAAUUUAAGGGGG